AUGUCUUGCCACCAUGGGUGCCAUCUGAAACAGCUUCGCAUCCCCCCUCCCGCUGUCCUGCUGAAGACUUUCCCCAGGAGAAACUGCCGGGAUCCCUGUGGCACUGCCUGCACCAUCCAGAACUUGGGUCAACAGCUGAAUCCCUGCUGCUACGCCACAGUUCCUCAGGGCACCACCACUUACCUGAACCUGGGUAACCUGGGUGUAGCACAGGCUGCCAGGUGCCUGGAUCCCUGCUCCCUGGGGGUCCCCUGCUGUCAGGAUGUGUGCAGGUGCAGCUCCCAGCGUGUGGAUCCCUGCUGCUGCAAAAUCAGUGAGUGCACCAGUAGAUGUGAGGAUCCGUGCUGUAAGGAGGUGACCAAGUGCACCACCACGUGUGGGGAUCCCUGCUGCAAGGAAGUCACCGAAUGCACCACCACGUGUGUAGAGCCCUGCUGCCAGGAUGUCACCAAAUGUGACACCAGGUGUGCAGACCCCUGCUGCCAGGAUGUCACCAAGUGCACCACCAGAUGUGUGGACCCAUGCUGUCAAGAUGUCACCAAGUGUACUACCAGAUGUGCAGACCCCUGCUGUCAGGAUGCCAUCAAAUGCGUCACCAGAUGUGCAGAUCCCUGCUGUCAGGAUGCCAUCAAAUGUGUCACUAGAUGUGCAGACCCCUGCUGUCAGGAUGUCACCAAGUGCACCACCAGAUGUGCAGAUCCAUGCUGUCAGGAUGCCACCAAAUGUGUCACCAGAUGCGUGGACCCCUGCUGUCAGGAUGUCACCAAGUGUACUACCAGAUGUGCAGAUCCAUGCUGUCAGGAUGCCACCAAAUGUGUCACCAGAUGUGCGGACCCCUGCUGUCAGGAUGCCACCAAAUGUGUCACCAGAUGUGCAGACCCCUGCUGUCAGGAUGUCACCAAGUGUACUACCAGAUGUGCAGAUCCAUGCUGUCAGGAUGCCACCAAAUGUGUCACCAGAUGUGCAGACCCCUGCUGUCAGGAUGUCACCAAGUGUACUACCAGACGUGCAGAUCCAUGCUGUCAGGAUCUCACCAAAUGCGUCACCAGAUGUGCAGACCCCUGCUGUCAGGAUCUCACCAAAUGCGUCACCAGGUGCAUCAAUCCAUGCUAUGGAGGUGUCGCCAGGUGCACCACUAGAUGUGUGGAUCCACGCUGUGACAGAGUGACCAAGUGCAUCCCCAGGGGUUUUGAUCCAUGCUAUGGAGCUUUAACCAGAUACAAAACCAGGUACGUGGAUCCGUGCUGUGGACGUCUGACUUGGAACAUUACUAAGUAUGUAGACCCGUGCUGUGGGCAGCUUACCAGAUACACCACCAGGUGUGGGGAUCCCUGCUGCCAGGAUGUCACCAAAUGUGUCACCAGGUGUGGGGAUCCCUGCUGCCAGGAUGUCACCAAAUAUGUCACCAGAUGUGUGGACCCGUGCUGUCAGGAUGUCACCAAGUGCACCACCAAAUGCAUGGACCCAUGCUGUCAGGAUGCCACCAAAUGUGUCACCAGAUGUGCAGACCCAUGCUGUCAGGAUGUCACCAAGUGCACCACUAAAUGUGAGGACCCAUGCUGCCAGGAUGUCACCAAGUGCACCACCAAAUGUGGAGACCCAUGCUGCCAGGAAGUGGCCAAGUGCACCACCAAAUGUGAAGACCCCUGCUGCCAGGAUAUCACCAAGUGCACCACCAGAUGUGUGGACCCGUGCUGCCAGGAUAGCACCAAAUGCAUCACCAGAUGUCCGGACCCAUGCUGCCAGGAUGUCACGAGAUGCACCACCGGAUACAUGCGCCCCUGCUGCCAGGAUGUCACCAGGUGCACCACCAGAUACGUGGAUCCCUGCUGUAGGGGUGCUCAGCUUGUUCCCAAGUGUGUGGAAAGCUGUCCCCUCCCCUGCCUCAUCCGUCCCAUCCCCCUGUGCACGACUUUGCGCACCCCUGCCUGCCAGCCCUGCUACUCCGUCCCCUGUGCAGAUGUCUGUAUCCGUAAAUACAAGUGCAGGGCUCCUUGA